CGAGCUCAAGCGGCCAGCCUCGUGCACUCGUGUCAAGUCCGUGCUACGGCCAUGAGCGGCAUCAGCAGCGCAUACUUCAAGUCUGUAGCACUCGCUCUGCUGCUGGUUUUCUCAUGGGACCGGCAGCUGCAACAUGCCACUGUAAUGGCUGACUUCCCGUCCUCGACCUUCAAGAGGAACUUCUACAGCGAGACGUGUCCCGAUGCGGAGAAUAUUGUGUUCCGAGUUGUGGCCAAUUGCCUACUCACGAAUCCGGAACUCGGAGCAGGAAUCAUUCGUAUGCUGUUCCAUGACUGCUUCGUCAACGGAUGUGAUGCAUCGAUACUUCUCGAGGGCACGGACUCGGAGCUCGAAGCGAUUCCGAACCAAAGCCUCAAGGGCAUCCGAGUUAUAGAGCAAGCUAAAGCGAAUCUAGAGGCCGCAUGCCCCGGAGUGGUGACCUGUGCUGACAUCAUCGCUCUUGCUGCCAGAGAUUCCAGUUUCUUGCUGGGAGGCAAAUACUUUGAGAUCAAGACGGGGCGAUUCGAUGGGACGAAUCCUGGUGUAGUAAUUUUGCCAGCUCCUACCAGCAGCGUAAGCGACACCCUGCGCUUGUUCACCGACGUUGGCCUUAGCCCAGACGAUCUCGUAGUACUUCUGGGAGGACAUACAUUGGGAGUAUCGCAGUGCCGUUUCUUCUCCAGUCGCUUGUACAACUUCAGCAGCACCGGGCGAGCAGAUCCCACGAUGGAUGCAGGUUACAGAGCGGUUCUGCAGCGGCGAUGUCCUCAGGACGGUGACGGAUCCGCAGAGCAAGAGCUGGACCGGGGCUCGGUUCUGUACUUGGACAACAGCUACUACCAGAAUCUGUUGAGGAAUCAAGGACUUCUGCAGAUCGACCAGCAACUGACUUACGACGACAGAACCAUUGGCCUUGUGCAAGAUCUCGCUCACUCCUUCGCCACCUUCCAAGAGGCAUUCGCCGAUUCUAUGACCAGAAUGAGUGAGAUCUAUGUCAAAGGUCCCAGCCAUGGCGAGGUUCGGAAGGUCUGCUCCUCUGCCAACUAAGAUAAUCCAGAAAACCCCACAUCACCAGGUUGUAACCGAACAGUUUUCAAACCUUUCCGGAAAUAUUCGCGGGGUGACAUGAAAUCUAACUCCCACCGGAUGAAUGGAUCGACAAAUUCUCCCCCGAGCCUCAGGCUGCAAAAAGCUCACCCCUGCUUUCUCCAAUUUGGGAAAAUUACUGUCGAGCCGGUAUCACAUCACUUUAAAUCCCAGAAAGAGGUCACAUCUCGUGAUGAAGACGGGCGUACUACACUGCGCCAGUCUUCUUCACGUGGGCCGGGCCAUGGCAUCUGUGUGACGGGGAAGAUCUGGCUUUUUGGGUGAAUUUUCCAGGUGGAAGCCAUCUCCCCCUUGUUUCUGUAUAAUUCACUAAAUAUAAUACACUCAAGCGUGUGAUCAAACCAAAAAGCAUUCUCUCAUCAAGGCAACAGCUUUACCUUCCAGCAUUCACCUCUCAAUUGCAAUCUUGGCUCGCCAAGAUGGUGGCCUGAUGUAGCCAUGAAGAUAAAGAUGAAGGAUGCUUGAUAGACACAGCUUGCAAAGGAAUAUGGCCAUGUGCGGGUGAAGUUUGUGGAUGCCUAAUGCUGUUGGAACAUCGACUCCAUCCACUGCUGCUGACCCUCAGCGACGUUCA